CUCCACCUCCACUCCAUCGCUUAGAAAGUUCACUACUCUCAAGCACCUUUUAAGAUCCCAAACUCUGGAUCUUCACUGUGCGGAAUCUCAACCGGGCGAGAUUGUGUCUGCACGUCAUAUUAACCCCCCCCAACAUCCGGGAUUCCUCACAGGCGCCUGCAGCUGUAAACCGCCUGCCCUGUCCACCACCCUCUGCGCCCUCCCGAUCUCUCCCGUCGCCCGGGUGCAGCAUGUGUGAGGCUCGCAAGGGAUAAUAUGGCGGGCCGCAUACUUACCAGUCGUUCUCUAUGUACGUCGCAGGAGAUCUCUUUUUCAACAGGCUCGCUGCCCGUCCCGAAGCCCGUCCAUCCACUCCUGCGCUCCGGACGGCGGUCGACGCCUAACCCUGCUUCUCACUCCGUGAAACUCGUCCUACGUACCACAUACACCCUAACCCGACAUGCAACCUCCUCCGAAAGAGUGUGGACGGUACCCCCGAUAUCUAGAUCGCGCAUAACGCGCCAUUGGUACUCCGAUGCGCCAGCCCCCAAGGGAACCCCAUAUAGCGACCUCACCGUCGGCGUCCCCAAAGAAACCUACCCCGACGAACGCCGCGUCGCGCUGACCCCGCAGAAUGUCGCGCUCCUCCUCAAAAAAGGCUUCGGCCGCGUCCUCGUCGAGCGGCACGCCGGCAUCGACGCGAAGUUCGUCGAUAAGGAGUACGAGAACGCCGGCGCGAAGCUCGCGGGCGCCGACACCGUCUGGGCCGAGAGCGACAUCCUCCUAAAAGUCCGCCCCCCCAGCGUGGCCGACUCGAACGACGAGGCCGCCAAGCUGAAAGCAGGGAGCACGGUGAUCUCGUUCCUGAAUGCGGCGCAGAACCGCGACCUAGUGGACGCUCUCGCAGCGAAGCCGGCGUCGGCGUUCGCGAUGGAAAUGAUCCCGCGGAUCUCACGGGCGCAGGUGUUCGACGCGCUGAGCUCGAUGGCGAACAUCGCAGGGUACAAGGCGGUGCUGGAAGCGUCGAAUCAGUUCGGGCGGUUCCUGACGGCGCAGACGACGGCGGCGGGGAAGAUCCCGCCGGCGAAGGUGCUGGUGAUCGGGGCGGGGGUGGCGGGGUUGAGUGCGAUCGCGACAGCGAAGCGGAUGGGAGCGAUUGUAAGGGGGUUUGAUACGAGGGCGGCGGCGCGGGAGCAGGUGGAGUCGCUGGGUGGUGAGUUUUUGGAAGUCGGUUUGAAAGAGGACGGGGCUGGUGCGGGCGGAUACGGGAAGGAAAUGUCGAAGGAGUUCAUCGAGGCGGAGAUGAAGCUGUUCAUGGAGCAGUGCAAAGAGGUGGACAUCGUGAUCACGACCGCGAUGAUCCCCGGGAAACGAGCUCCUAUACUCAUUGACCGUCACAUGAUCGAAGCGAUGAGGCCUGGAUCCGUGCUGGUGGAUCUCGCAUCUGAAGCCGGUGGAAACUGCGAGGUGACGAUUCCAGGGAAGUUGACGAUGCAUCAAGGGGUAUCUAUCAUUGGAUACACCGAUUUCCCAUCCCGACUUCCGACGCAGGCCUCGACGCUGUACUCAAACAACAUAACGAAGUUCCUCCUCUCUAUCUCGCCCGCGGACAAGCAUUUUGGCAUCAAUCUCGAAGAUGAAGUCGUCCGCGGCUCGAUCAUCGUGAACCAAGGAGAGAUCUUGCCUCCCGCCCCCCGUCCGACCCCUCCACCAGCGCCACUCACCCCCAAGGAAAUCAAAGUGGAACCAACUCUAGAACUCACCCCAUGGCAAAACAAAGUCCGCGAAGUAACCGGGGUGACGGCGGGCAUCGGUUCGAUAGUCGCGCUCGGAAAGCUCACCUCACCGUUGUUCAUGGCCAACAUCUUCACCACCGGCCUUGCUGGGAUCAUCGGAUAUCGCGUGGUCUGGGGCGUUAGUCCGGCGCUGCACUCUCCGCUGAUGAGCGUCACCAAUGCGAUCUCCGGCAUGGUUGGAAUCGGCGGCUUCUUCGUCAUGGGCGGCGGAUAUCUCCCCGAGACGAUCCCGCAAUUGCUUGGCUCCCUGUCGGUGCUGCUGGCUUUCGUCAACGUAUCCGGUGGAUUCGUGAUCACCAAGCGAAUGCUGGAUAUGUUCAAGCGACCAACUGACCCGCCGGAGUACCCAUGGCUGUACGCCAUCCCAGGACUGGUCUUCGGUGGCGGCUUCAUAGCGGCGGCGAGCACGGGAAUGGCAGGAUUGGUGCAAGCUGGGUAUCUAAUCAGCAGCAUGCUCUGCAUUUCCUCACUCCAAGGCCUUGCCACCCAAGCGACCGCUCGACGUGGGAACCUCCUAGGAAUCCUCGGCGUCGGAUCCGGCAUCCUCGCAUCUCUCGCCGCCGUCGGCUUCUCCCCCGAAGUCAUGACCCAAUUCGGCGCCCUCGCCACCGUCGGAGCCAUUGCAGGUGCGCUCAUCGGCCGCCGCAUCUCCCCCACCGACCUCCCCCAGACUGUCGCCGCGCUCCACUCCGUCGUCGGCCUCGCCGCCGUCCUCACCAGCGUCGGCAGUGUCAUGUCCCACAUCGACGACAUCUCCACACUACACAUGGUCACCGCCUACCUCGGCGUCCUGAUCGGCGGCAUCACCUUCACCGGAUCCAUGGUCGCCUUCCUCAAGCUCGCCGGCCGCAUGUCCUCCCGCCCCAUCAAGCUCCCGAAACCCCACAUCGUGAACUCGGGCCUCCUCGCCACGAACGUCGGGACCAUGGGCGCCUUCCUCGCCAUGGCGCCUGGCUCGCCUAUGAUCGCUGCAGGCGCUCUGACUGCGAACGCGUUUCUGAGCUUCUUGAAGGGGUACACCACUACCGCGGCCAUCGGCGGGGCAGACAUGCCCGUCGUCAUCACCGUGCUCAACGCGUACUCCGGGUUUGCGCUCAUCGCCGAGGGGCUGAUGCUCGACAACCCGCUGCUGACCACGGUCGGCACGCUCAUCGGUGUGAGCGGCAGCAUCCUCUCCUACAUCAUGUGCGUGGCCAUGAACCGGUCACUUACGAACGUGCUCUUCGGCGGCAUCGCCACCCCCACGCAAGAGACCAACACCGCGAUCGAAGGAACCAUCACCACAACGUCCAUCGAAGAGGCGGCCGACAUCCUCGCGAACUCCGACUCCGUCAUCAUCGUCGUCGGCUACGGCAUGGCCGUCGCCAAAGCACAAUACGCCAUCUCCGAGAUCACACAGAUGUGUCGCGAGCGGGGCGUCAACGUGCGGUUCGCGAUCCACCCGGUAGCCGGUCGAAUGCCGGGGCAGUGCAACGUGCUGCUGGCGGAGGCGAACGUGCCGUACGACAUCGUGCUGGAGAUGGACGAGAUCAACGAGGAUUUCAACGACACGGACGUGACGCUGGUGAUCGGGGCGAAUGAUACAGUGAAUCCGAUUGCGAUGGAGCCUGGGAGUGCGAUUGCGGGGAUGCCGGUGUUGCAUGCGUGGAAGAGUAAGCAAGUGAUCGUGAUGAAGCGGGGGAUGAGCAGUGGAUAUGGUAAGUCUUUAUCUACAAUUUCUGCGUCGAGGAUGGGGUUAGGGGUGAAACUAAUGCUCGAUAGCGGACGUGCCCAACCCGAUGUUCUACAUGCCGAACACGAAGAUGUUGUUCGGCGAUGCGAAGACAACCUGUGACGCGAUUAAGCGAGCUUUGAACGACAAGCAGAAGGCAGCGAUGAUGGUCUAAAAUAUCCCUUUGCCGAUUCGAGUAGAUUUCAUCUUGGUGGUGUGGAUUGCCUGGUGGAGUUUACCAUAGUUCGCGAAUACAAAUGCAGCCAUUUGAAUCAA